AGGUUCUUCCUAGCCGGGUUCUAUAUGUUGUGUAUAUAUACUUGUGACUUGCCAAGCUUUUAUGAAAACCAAUAGACUUGCAAAGCAAGCUUUUAUCAGUUUGCAUUAUAUGUUCAAGAACUUGACUUCUGUAAUCUUCAUAUAAGUUGCAGGUUAAUAACAAAAUGAGUGGAAAGGAGACUUCCCUUGCUGACAUUGUUGAGGAAGGAGUUGAUCUGGAAAAUGCACCGUUGGAAGAGGUCUUUCAGCACCUAAAAUGUACGCGAGAGGGUCUGACGUCUGACGAAGUGACUAAACGACUAGAAUUGUUUGGGUAUAACAAACUAGAGGAGAAAAAGGAAAGUAAAAUAUUGAAGUUUCUGGGAUUUAUGUGGAAUCCAUUGUCAUGGGUGAUGGAAGCUGCAGCUAUUAUGGCCAUUGGUCUUGCUCAUGGAGGGAACAAGGGUCCAGAUUAUCAUGACUUUUUCGGCAUCCUCAUUCUGCUGAUAAUCAAUUCGACGAUUAGUUUUAUUGAAGAAAACAAUGCUGGAAAUGCAGCUGCUGCUCUCAUGGCUCGGUUGGCUCCAAAGGCAAAAGUUCUGCGUGAUGGAAAAUGGAAAGAAGAAGAUGCAGUAUCGCUGGUUCCUGGUGAUAUAGUGAGCAUCAAACUAGGAGACAUUGUUCCUUCUGAUGCUCGCCUACUAGAAGGAGACGCGUUAAAGAUUGAUCAGUCUGCUCUGACUGGAGAAUCACUUCCAGUAACCAAGAAUCCAGGUGAUGGCGUUUACUCGGGCUCAACGUGUAAGCAAGGUGAAAUUGAUGCAGUUAUCAUUGCAACCGGAGUUCAUACUUUCUUCGGAAAGGCUGCUCAUCUUGUGGAAAAUACCACACAUGUUGGUCAUUUCCAGGCGGUCUUAACGUCGAUUGGAAACUUUUGUAUUUGCUCAAUUGCUGUCGGAAUGGUGAUUGAAAUCAUUGUCAUAUAUGGACUUCAAGAGAGGGGUUAUCGCGUUGGUAUAGAUAACCUUCUGGUGCUUCUCAUCGGUGGGAUUCCUAUUGCUAUGCCUACUGUUCUUUCUGUCACCAUGGCUAUCGGUUCACAUCGUCUGUCUCAGCAGGGUGCCAUUACAAAACGUAUGACAGCUAUCGAGGAAAUGGCUGGAAUGGAUGUUCUCUGCAGCGACAAAACUGGCACAUUGACCCUUAACAAGCUAACUGUUGAUAAAAAUAUGAUUGAGGUGUUUGCUAAGGGAGUGGACAAGGACGAUGUAGUACUAAUGGCUGCAAGAGCAUCGAGGUUAGAGAAUCAAGAUGCAAUCGAUGCUGCUAUCGUUGCAAUGUUGCAAGACCCUAAGGAGGCACGAGCUGGAAUAACUGAGGUCCAUUUUCUGCCAUUCAAUCCAACUGACAAAAGAACAGCACUUACAUACAUCAACAAAGCUGGUACUAUGCACAGAGUUAGUAAAGGUGCACCGGAGCAGAUUCUUGACCUGGCACAUAACAAAUCCAAAAUUGAAAAGAAGGUACAUUCAGUAAUUGAUAAUUUUGCAGAACGUGGUCUUCGAUCCCUUGGAGUUGCUCGUCAGGAAGUGCCUGAUAACAACAAAGACAGUUCUGGUGGGCCUUGGGAGUUCAUUGCACUUCUUCCUCUCUUUGAUCCACCUCGUCACGAUAGUGCUGAAACAAUCAGAAGAGCUCUGGAACUCGGUGUCAGUGUCAAGAUGAUAACAGGAGAUCAACUGGCCAUUGGCAAAGAAACCGGGAGAAGACUUGGAAUGGGAACAAAUAUGUACCCUUCAUCAGCUUUGCUCGGUAAGAAUGGUAAUGGGGAUUCUUCAACUCUACCUAUAGACGAACUCAUUGAGAAAGCUGAUGGUUUUGCUGGCGUCUUUCCUGAGCACAAAUAUGAGAUUGUGAAGAGGCUGCAAGAAUUAAAGCACAUUUGUGGGAUGACUGGUGAUGGCGUUAAUGAUGCACCGGCCUUGAAGAAGGCAGACAUUGGAAUUGCUGUGGCAGAUUCAACGGAUGCUGCACGUAGUGCCUCUGAUAUAGUGCUCACAGAACCUGGAUUGAGUGUAAUUAUCAGUGCUGUAUUGACAAGUCGCUCAAUAUUUCAAAGAAUGAAAAACUACACGAUAUAUGCUGUCUCGAUCACCAUUCGUAUUGUGCUCGGCUUUGUGUUGCUGACUGUUUUCUGGGAGUUUGAUUUUCCGCCUUUCAUGGUGCUUGUCAUUGCAAUUCUCAAUGAUGGUACAAUCAUGACUAUAUCGAAAGACAGAGUAAAACCUUCUCCAUUGCCUGACAGUUGGAAGCUUAAAGAAAUUUUCGCAACUGGGGUUGUUCUUGGUUCUUACAUGGCCUUAAUGACUGCUAUAUUUUUCUGGGCAGCAUACGAAACUAACUUCUUUGCGGUAAAUUUCAUAAGAACAGGCCAUUCAUUUCUGUCACCUGAUAAAACAACUUUGUAUAUUGACUAUAAAAUUUAUAUACUGCAGAAACAUUUUCACGUAAAGAAUUUCAACAAGCACGAAUAUGAUCUGUCAAAUAAGGAAGUAGCUAAGGAUCUUAAUGAAAUGAUGGCAUCUGCUGUUUAUCUGCAAAUUAGCACUAUCAGCCAGGCCUUAAUUUUUGUGACACGUGCAAGAGGUUGGUCUUUCGCGGAAAGACCUGGUGUGCUGCUUGUUGUUGCCUUCAUCCUCGCACAAUUGGUUGCGAGUCUGAUAUCUGCCACAGUAAGCUGGGAUACCGCAGGAAUUCAGAAGAUAGGCUGGGGAUGGACAGGUGUAAUCUGGCUGUACAAUAUUGUAACCUAUAUGUUACUUGAUCCCCUCAAAUUCGCAGUGCAAUAUGCACUUAGUGGAAGAGCUUGGGGCUUGGUUGUCGAUAAAAGAACUGCAUUUAGCACCAAAAAGGACUUCGGCAGGGGAGCUCGUGAGGCUGCAUGGGCUGCAGAUCAACGCACACUCCAUGGUCUGCAGUCUGCAGAGCCAAAGAUAUUUUCUGACAACAACACAUACAGAGACCUCAAUUUCAUGGCAGAAGAAGCUAAAAGGCGCGCAGAGAUUGCAAGACUUAGAGAGCUUCAUACUCUUAAAGGAAAGGUGGAAUCUUUUGCCAAGUUAAGAGGCCUAGACAUUGACAACAAGAACCAGAACUACACACUCUGAGGAGUACAUAAAUUAAUCACUCAUUGUCUCAUCAGCCAGCUUUUGUAUUCUUUUACCAUUUGUUAAAGUAUCAAUGGAUGUUUAAAUAACAAGCAUCGUUUCUUUUAUUAGCAAUUACUAUUUUACUA